GAUUUGACAGCCGACUGUUGCGAAAAUCGCCAGAAGUAAACAAACCGCAAGCAUUGAUGACAUAAGUUUGUUCCGUCGUCGCUCGCGAAGUGGUUGAUUUUGUGUCGAACAAAACCUGGAACGGGAAAAAAUCUUCCCUAUCUUGACAGAAAACCCCAGAUCCGUGCACGAUGUCCUACCCCGACAAGGAAGCCCGAGCGGUUUGCUGGGCGGCCCGAGACGAAUACUGGGCCUGCCUGGACAAACACGCCCCCCACCACAGUUGCACCUCGGGCGAACCGGAACCCCAGCAGUGCGUGGCCUUGCGAAAGCUUUACGAGAAACGGUGUCCCUCCCAGUGGGUGAAGCAUUUCGACCGGAAGCGAACCUUCGAACAGUUCAAGCUGAAAAUGGCCAAAGGAUAUGAACCGCUGGAUGGCAAAACUCCCAAAUAGCACUGCUUAGUCAUGUUAAUAUGUUAAGAUACAUUAAACGAGUGAUUUUUAUUGAGUCCCAACCGAUAGUGUACAGUUUGUUUGAAUAAAUAAAUCAAUUUCCUAAUUCUAA